CUGAUUGGACUUAAAGCACUCAGUUUUUUUUUUUUUUUUGUUUUACACGCUAAGUCUCAAAUCAGCCUACUUGCUCCUGAGACUUUUACACACAAAGCAACCAUGGUCGUGCGAUUUGAGCGUGAUCAACGGUCUUGAUCCUUAUGAAGAUCAACAAAAUCAUUCCAACACACAAAAGAAAAUCAAAGAAAAUCCCACAAAAUCUCUCUUCAGACUCUCAGAGGUGCAGAACGGCUAACCCUCACCUCACCUUAAAUCAUAAUAAAAAAUUUCCACUUCCCCAAGCCAUGGCCGGUUACCCUCCCUCAGCCUCAAGAGGCCCUCAACCCUCAUCUCUUUCUCUUUUAAAUAAAUCUGAUUUUUCUCUCUAUUCCACUUUUCUCUACUCUCUAGUCUCAAGGGCUGAUUCAAAAUCUCUCUUUUAUUUUGAAACACUUGACUUCACUCCAACUCUCCAAGUCUCCAACGGACCAAACACCAAACCUUGCUGGUUCUCAUCUUCACACGUAUCCCCGCUGAGUAGAGGAUCGGAGUGUUAUCGCUAGUCCGUCGCAUCAAGGGCACCAUCUGCCGCCUCUUAGCCUUCAAGCACGGCGACCAUGGUUUCGCUUUCCUCGUCAACAGGUCAUGGAACCCUCUACUGAUGCCCCCCCUUCCCAAACAACACCCGCUGCCCAAACUGGACCUGCUGUCCAAGCUGAACCUGUUCCCACUCCAACAAAUGCUGAGGCACUUCCACCUAGACCUAGUGAUAAAACCAAGGUGAGUGAGAUAGCUGCUGAUUGUGGUAAUAAUAGGAAAAAGUCUAUUGCUUGGGAUCAUUUUGAAAAAAUAAAAAUGAGUGAGGGUCAAUUUAAGGCUGUUUGCCAUUAUUGCCAAAAAACUUACCGUGCUAAUAGUAAGGGUCAUGGUAUUACUAAUUUAUUGAAUCAUACACCAAACUGUGUUAAGAACCCUAAUAGAGCUUCACUUAAAGGGCAACAAACCUUAGCAUUUGAACCCAAAAUGAAUGGGGAGGAAGGGUUUAAGCUUGUACCAACAGCCUUUAUUGUUGAGGCUUCUAGGAAGGCACUCGCAGAAAUGAUUAUAAUAGACGAGUUGCCUUUUAGGUUUGUUGAAGGGUACGGGUUUCAAAAAUAUUCAACAACCUUACAACCUAAGUUGCAAAUUAGGGAUAUCCCAUCUCGUCAAACUGUGGCUAGGGAUGUGAUUAGCAUUUAUGGUGUUGAGAGAGAGAAACUAAGGGAAGCCUUGAAAGGUCGUAGGGUGUGCCUUACUACGGACACAUGGACUAGUAUUCAAAAUCUGAAUUAUACGUCCAUCACAUGUCAUUUUAUUGAUGAUGAUUGGAACUUACAUAAGAGAAUUUUAAAUUUUUGUCAAGUGGAAGACCAUAGGCGGGAAACUAUAGUAGAAAGAUUGAGAUGUGUCUGCGUGAGUGGGGUGUUGAUGGCAUAUUCACCUUGACAGUGGAUAAUGCUUCCUCUAAUGGUACUACCAUUAAAUUUUUACAAACAGUAACUAAAGAUUGGAAGGGGACUGUUUUAGAACAUGAGUUCUUGCACAUGAGGUGUUGUGCACAUAUCUUAAAUCUGAUUAUGGGAGAUGGUUUGAAAGAAAUUGAUGCGUCCAUUGCUAGGGUGAGUGAAGCGGUGAGGUAUGUGAAGUCCUCACCAAAUAGAAAUCAAACUUUUAGGAGUAUUAUGGAGAGAUUAGGUAUUGAAUCCAAGUGUUUACUAAGUCUUGAUGUACCAACUAGGUGGAACUCUACCUAUCUCAUGUUAAAUACUGCUGAAAAAUUUGAGAAAGUGUUCCUAAGAAUGGACUUUGAGGACGAUAGCUAUUCUUCAUACUUUUUGAACAAGGAAAAUAGUGGUGGUUUGGGAUCUCCUUAUGGGGUUGAUUUUCAAAAUUGUAGGACAUUUAUGGGUUUCUUGAAACUUUUUUACAAUGCAACAAAAAAGUUCUCCGGUCCUUUGUAUGUGACUUCAAAUACCUUCUUUGAUGAGAUGUUUGUGAUUCAAGAGAAUAUUGCUCAUUUAAUUAAAUCUCAAAAUCACCUCUUGAAAAACAUGGCAACUAAAAUGGAAGCUAAGUUUGAAAAGUACUGGGGGAAAGGGGAUAAAAUUAAUAAGCUUUUGUAUGUGGCUGUGGUGCUUGAUCCAAGGAAGAAAAUGAGGUUUUUGAAGUUUUCUUUUUCUGAAAUUUAUGGGGAUGAAGUGGCUAAUGAGAUGGUUGACUUGGUGGGGAAUUUCAUGGCUAGGUUGUAUGAUGAUUACUCUAGGGUUGAUUCACCAAAUGUGGUGCUACCAAGUGAGAAUGAGAGGACACACAUGGAAGGUGAUACAGUUGGUUGUAGUGAUCCAUAUGCAAUGGUUAAUUCACGAUAUGAGCGGUUUUUAGAGGUUGAGAAGUCUAUAGGGUGUAGCAAUGAGAUGGAAAAAUAUUUGGCUAAAAAUUGUGAGAGUAGAAGGGAUGUGAAAUUUGAGAUUUUGGGGUGGUGGAAAGCCAAUUCAGAUAGGUACCCAGUGCUGUCCAAAAUGGCUAGGGAUGUGCUGGCUGUACCUGUUUCUACAGUUGCUUCUGAAUCGGCUUUUAGUACCGGAGGGUGCAUACUUGAUCCAUUUCGAAGUUCACUCUCCCCUCUCAUCGUUCAAAAUCUUGUUUGUGCUCAAAACUGGCUGCAAGCCCAUGUCCCAAUUUCUUUUCGCAAGUCAAAGGACGAGAUGGAGGCCUUGGAGGAUGAAUUUCAUGAAUUAGUUUUAAAUCAAGCAACAACAGCAGCAAGUUCUAGUUCCUGUUCAAACAAAGGUGGUACUCGUACCACAGUCAAUAUUGAUGAAUGAUCACUAAUUGGGAGGAUGGAAGGUCGCCUUUUGUAUAGGAGGCAGUUCUUAUUUAUAUAAAAAUCUCUCUCAAAUUGCAACAAGUAUAUACAGUUAAACUAGU